ACUCUGAGUCUCACACCAAUAGCGGAAAACCCCAAAUAAAACCCAAAAAUGAAUACUUUCCUCUUCUCUCUCCUAAAACCCCACACCACCUCUGAACCCACCAAGCUUCUUCUACAUCACCACCACCAAUGGCGCGGCAUAGCCAAGGUCCGCCUGAAAUGGGUCAAGAAUCGGAGCUUAGACCACAUCAUCGACACCGAGACCGAUCUCAAAGCUGCUUGCCUCCUCAAAGACGCCAUCAAGCGCUCGCCAACUGGCUUCCUUACCGCCAAGUCCUUCGCCGAUUGGCAAAAGCUUCUCGGCCUAACUGUCCCAGUUCUUCGCUUCAUGCGCAGGUACCCUACUCUUUUUCAAGAAUUUCCACAUGCCCGCUAUGCCAGUUUGCCCUGUUUUAAGUUAACAGACACUGCACUAUUGUUAGACUCACAAGAACAGAGUAUACACCAAACCCACGAGAGUGAUACUGUGGAGAGGCUUUGUAGAGUGCUUAUGAUGACAAAAAGUAAGACUAUACCGCUCCAAUCUUUGUAUCCCCUGAAAUGGGAUCUGGGUUUGCCUGAUGGUUUUGAGAAAGUGUUGGUUCCAAAAUACCCUGAUUGUUUUAGAAUCAUUAAGGCCUCAAAUGGGAUUGGUUGCUUGAAGGUCAUACAAUGGCCCAAGGAGUAUGCGGUGUCGGAAUUGCAGAGGAGUAAAGAGGGUGGUGAUUUAGGGGAUGAGUAUAGACAAUUCAAGAGGGGGCAGACUGUGUUGGCGUUCCCGAUGAAUUUUCCAAAGGGUUAUGGAGGGCAGAAGAAGGUUAGGGUAUGGAUGGAGGAGUUUCAAAAGUUACCAUACAUUUCGCCCUAUGAGGAUUCUAGGCAUAUUGAUCCUAAUAGUGAUCUUAUGGAGAAAAGGGUUGUUGGAGUUUUGCAUGAGUUAUUGAGCUUGACUCUUCAUAAGAAGACCAAGAGGAACUACUUGAGAAGCUUGAGAGAGGAACUAAAUCUUCCUCAUAAAUUUACGAGAAUUUUCACAAGGUAUCCGGGGAUUUUCUACCUCUCAUUGAAAUGUAAAACAACCACUGUUGCUCUCAGGGAAGGGUACCAGAGAGGGAAAUUAGUGAACUGGCAUCCCCUCACACGCGUGAGAGAGAAGUUUUAUCAUGUCAUGAGAACAGGGCUUCUUUAUCGCAGUAAAGGUGUGCACUUGCUAUCCCCGCAAGAGAUUUUACUUAACAGUGUGGAGAGUGAAAGUGGGCCGGAAGAAUCUGAAGAGGACGAGGUUGGAACAGGUGAUGAAUGCUAUGAGGAUGAAAUGUCAAAUUUGGAUUCGGAAGGGUCUGAUGAAGAUUAAUGUUUGUAUCAGAGAACUUCAACAUUUUGCUUGAAUUGGAUAGAAGCCAUUAUUGACUUUCAAGUAAGAAAUUCUGAACAAAAGUUCCCUUUAUAGAGUUUUCUUGUUUAUGGGCCUUCAAGUAGUGGCCUUCUCAGGUGAACCAAUAAGGCCAAGCAGCAUUUCAAGUUAACAUGAAGAUGAUGGUCCAAGGGUGUAGGAUGACUUCUCUUCACGUUGAAAUCUCCAAAAAUCUUCCAAAUAGUGGACAUGAAAUGCAGUGACCAAGGCACCUAAUUGAAUUGAUGUAACAGCAGAGAAUGAAGUUGUAAAGUAUUUUCACAGAUAAAACACUACUGGAUUCGAUAGGGGCUGUAUAAUUCCAAACAAACAGCAGAUCUGCUUGUACCAUUUAGGUCAAGGGCAACAAUGUAACAAAUUCUCAGUCCCAAUUUUGAACAAAGAAAAUUUUCAGGGAAAGUUUGGUGCAUAAUAAAUAGUUUGAUUCCUUUGA